ACGUUGUUAGAUCGUUUUAAUGUUUUCUGUUUGAUUAUUAAUAAAUUAGCAAAUACACUGGGUGACGUUGAUUUUGUUCAAUCAGUAUAUUUUAAAAGUUCGUUUUUCUUUCUUUCAGACUAAAUUCGGAAGUUCCUUGUUAAAAAUACGGUUUUUAAAGAAUUCGGUUGGAAAGGAUUAAAAUUUCGAGGGAAAAAGUUGAAAAUCCAAAAUUUUUAAAAAUUGAAUUUUCGUGUGAAGAACUUCAUUGAAAACGAUCCUGUGCAAAAUUCAAAUUCACAAUGGAAGACGAUCAUUGGGAAGAGCCAAUGGAUGACAAUGCUAGUUCAUCGUCAGAUUCGGAUGAGUCCAGUGGUAGCAGCAGUACUACGAGUAGUAGUGAGAAAGAAAGCGACGACGAUUAUGGUGACACGGUACCCUCAUUGCUAAAGCUUUCAUUAAAUUGCAUUGUGAAGGGAUUAUGGUUAUCGGAGAUUAACAAUGAUUGGUUCGAAACCAGGGAAUUGAAUGUUGAACGAGUCAAGAAUAAACUUCUCCAAAACCGCGGUUUCAUGUCUUCACUGCCUUCAUCAAUUGAAAAAAUGUUGAUUGAAAAGAUAGACGUUGUCGGAAAGCAACUCAGCGAUGAAUUCGCCAAUUUGAGCGGUUUAGGACUUCUCGCUUCUGUGUUCAGAGAACGAAAAUGGCGUCACUUUGCACCUUUGAUUUGGAAUUUUGUUAAAGAAAAUGAGAUGAAUUAUUACGUCGCGGAAAGUAUAUUUGAAAAUAUCAUCUCAGGUAUAAACGAUGGUGUGUCAUCCAGCGACGAUGAAGAAUUCUAUUUGCAAGUAUGGAGAACUUUUCCUAAAGAUUUGAAGUCUCGGCUUAUAGUUUUUUUGUCGCGAGGAUUCUACAUCUACACGUCUAAAAAUUUUCCUCGUGAUUUGCGAUUUUUUUCCGAGCUCGUGAUGAAUUUUGAUGCCGAAGAAAGGAAGACGAUUUGGCAGCAAAAUUACACGCAUUUGAUCGUUGGUACAAGUCCAUCGAAUUUGGAACAUUUGAUGAGAUCAUGUUUUGAUAACGAAGAAGAAAUUAUCGAAUUUAAACGUCAAUAUUUCGUCGGAUGCGGCAAUGCGGAUCAAUAUUGUUUGGAUCUUAUUUCCGAGAAGUGUUUCAUAGAAUUGGAUCAAUUUUUGAACUUUUGUUCCCCCGACGAGCUAGAUGCGGAAAAAUUCACAAAGAGAGUAUUGCACAAAUAUUUUGCUUCUCAUACAAUAGCUGAAGGAUAUGAAGUUGUUUUUCUCAUACUUCAUUCAGAAGCUAGAUGUAUCAUUUGUAGAGUAAUUAAAAUGGACGAAUUUCAAUAUCUUUUUCAAAUGCAAACGGAACAUUUGAAAGAGCUUUGUUACAAGUUUAUCAGUAGGAGAUCUUUCGAAGAAUUGAUUAAAUUCCUGAACUUUUUCCUUCCGCCGGAAAAAAAUGUUGAAUGUUUUAUGCAAGAAGUUAUUAAAUCGUUAUUCGCUGAGCGUGUUGAUCCAUAUAAGUAUAUUAAGAUGUGUUUUCCGUGUUACAAAGAUGAUUUUACUCAUUUAAAUGAGUUCAGUAAAGUGCUCGAUAGUUUGUUCGCUACGCCGGAAGCAGUUGCGCGUUUCAAAAAAGAAGUCAUCUUUUGCGAGGGUGCUUUUCGCUUAACACGAUAUAUUUUGUUCUCGGAUCAUAGAAUGUUCCGUUUCAAGGGCGUUAAAGAAAGACUUGCAUGUGUCGAAAAAUUCGUCUCGGUAUUUUUGCCUGUUGAGCAGGAUUUACGCGAAUGGAAAGAUGCUUUUGUGACCGAUAAUAUAAAAUACAUGAGGUGGUCAAAUGACGAACGUGAAAUUUCGAUGUAUUUCCUUAAUAGGUCUGAUUGGAACGAAACUUUUGCUUGGUUUUUGGAUUCCGAGGAGAGAAUGUCGCAGCUUAAAACUUCGUUGUCAAUAGACGAAAUCGUAUGCAUUUGCAUUAGAGCAAAUUGUGAUGCUCGGAAUUUUGACCGUAUUCUGCAAUGGUAUUUUUCAAAUAAUGAAGAGCGAAUUGUGUUUUUCAAAUUGCAAAAACUGCGCGAGAGUAGUAUGAGGUAUAGGUAUAGUAGCAUAGGCGAACUUUGUGGAGUAGGUGACGAAUUUUAUCGAUGUACAAAUGAUUUUGAUAGAUGUGAAGUAAUUCGUCGAACAUUGGUGCGAGAAUAAACCUUUGAGUAUAUAAUAUACAUGAUAUGGAGGGCUAAUAAAGCAGGUUCCGUGGAGGAUUCUGUAGAGCGCGCUCGACUUGGUUCAGUAAAAGAACCCAACUCAUUUUGGACCUUAGAGACAAUUUUUUAAAGUAAAAAAUAGUUUAAUGAGUACCCAAGAAGUUAUAAGCCUUCCCUUGAACAUUUUUAAACAUUUGAACUUCAAUUCAUCGCUUACAUUUAUCAUUUAUCAAAAUCGCUAUCAUAGGUUCUUUUACUGAACCAGAUGCUGAAUGCUGGAUUAUUAGCCCUCCAUAUCAUGUAUAUUAUAUACUCAAAGGAAUAAACCUCCAAUCUCUGAUCGAAUUCAUCUAAUAAAUUUGUUUGCUUCGUGACCAUAUUUUUCUUUUAUUUCACGUUUUUAUUGAUGUAAAAAUUAUCUGUGUGUUUUGAUAGUUUUAUUUUUUUAUUGAUAUGUUUACUUUCUAUUAUUAAAUACAUAUUAUACCGAUGAAAUGGAAAUAAGAACAUUUUUAUCUAUUUUGCGAAUAAACGUUUUAAAAGGAA